UCGUUCCUGUCCGUGGUCUCAAAGUCGGUGUCGUUUUUUUUUUCCGCACGAGCCCGGCCAGGCCAGGCCAUAGCGUAGUUUCGGAGGCUGGUGCACGGUCGGUGGUAAGGUGAAAGUAAAUCCCACGUCGGUGGAGCUUACUCGAAUGCCAGGGAAGCUGGUCGUACGUCGCGAAAUCGCGUACACAUCGAGCACGCGACGUCGCUGUUGCCUGGAUAGCCCGCAUCUCGGCAUCGCAAGAGGGAGAACUCCGAGUUCGAACCCGAACACUGUAGCGACCUCGCAUUUCCUCUACAGUAUCGUUCCUGCCCGAACGAUACGACGGCAUCGCUUUGUGUACGUACGCGGCCAGUAUGCUCUACUACCAUAGAGGAUAGCGUUAGCCACUCCGAUUCUCGUAUGCGUGUAGCCGCACGUACGGCUCGCAUGCUCGCACGCACUAUCACCGACGACCCGGUGGCGCAAUAAGAAAAAUGUCGGGAAUGGGUAAAAGGACUUACCUCCGCGAGGUAAAUCCCUAUCUUAUUUGUCCGUUGUGCAGAGGAUACCUUAUAGACGCGACUACCGUCGUCGAGUGUUUGCAUUCGUUUUGUAGAAGCUGCAUCCUCAAGCAUCUCAACACAGAAGCUCAUUGUCCUUCUUGCAAACAUGUUCUCAACAAAGCCAAGCCGAACAUCAAAGCCGACAAGGCGUUACAGGAUAUCGUCUACAAGUUGGUCCCAGGAUUGUAUCACAAAGAGAUGCGCAAGAGAAGGGAGUUUUAUAAGAAACAUCCGGAGCACGCGGACUUAGCGACUCCGGAACAACGCGGCGAAGACGUAAGCGGAAGAUUAAUUUUUGCUCCGGAAGACGCGGUAAGCUUAAGCUUGGAAUACCUACCACCCGGAGCAGACCCUUUGACCAUUUUACUUAGCACCAACGACGAUACCAACAACUCGAACGCAUCUAACAAUCAAAAUAAUAGCGGUAACAACGGUAGUAAUAAUAGCAGUAGCAAUAGCACCAGCAAUCACGGCACAAAUACAACGAGUAACAGGCGGUACCUUCAGUGCCCGGCACUGGUAACUAUUGCGCAUUUAAAAAAAUUCCUAGCCUUGAAAUACAGCGUCGACAUGACGAGAUACACCAUAGAAAUCUGUCAUCGACGUGCUCCGCUUCCGGAACACUGGACCCUGAUGGACGUCGCUUAUAUUUACGCGUGGAAAAGGAACGCACCGAUGCGAUUUUUUUACCGAGUGGCGUUAGAAGAGCAAAGAUUGGAAGCGCCUCCUCAUGACAGGCCGUCCACACCGGGUCUGGGUGCCAGUUUUCCACCGGUUGACGCCUCUGUUGCAACGCAGGACAAUGUUAUUUCGGAUAAUCCCGAGAAUGACGUCGAAUCUCGACCGGAAACGGAGCGCACGAACGACGACGAUGAGAAACCUGUGUCGGACAAUCAGAACCAAGUCUCGAGCGAGAAACAGCGUGCACCGAAUGAUCAAACAUCCAUAAACGAGGUGAAGAAAGUGACUAUAAAGGAGGAGCAACCGUCGAGUAGCGUAGCUACGUCGACAACCGCGACGUCGACAACCGCGACGUCGACGACGAUUUCGACGGUAUCGACGAGCAUCGCGUCCACGACGACAGUCACCAACGCUAUUACCUCGUCAACGCCCAGUAGCGAAAAUAAACAGAUCAAGACACCUAUUAAGAUACUAAAAAACUCGGACGGAAGGUACGAGGUGUUGAGAAGUCCACCGGGGAGUUGGAAUAUGAAAGAACAAAGUACCACGAGCAUAGAAACGAAACCGGCCAAUCCGGAAUUUAGCGUUGUGAGUAUAGGCAGUGGACAGAAUUCGAACGGAGUGAAGAUCACGUUGAAGCAGUGCUCUCCGAACAAUACGAGUCCAAACAAGCCUAAGGUUAUCAGCAACGUGUUACUGCAUUGCGGUCAGGUGGAUAAAGAUAAUUCCGACGCGUUGGUUAUUCAACAGAUUCAGAGAGACAGGGACAAACGUCAGGUAGAGAAGCAGGAGAAGCAAAGAAGGAGAGUAACCUUCGUGGAAAAGUCAACCCCCGAGAAACCUACGGCUAAUAACAGUUUGAAGACUAUACAGAAAAAGCCAGGAGAGUUACAGGAAAAGAAACAAUUCCUUCAAGGGUUUCAACUAACAGCCAGGGAAUCGGCGACCGAAAUAUCGUUAGAAUCUUCCUCAAAAUUUAACGAACUAAAUGCCGUCGACGAAAUAAACGAUACGCAGAACAAAGGUAGCGUCACGGUUAAGAAAGAAGACGACGUCGCGACGGAAACUUCGAAUAACGUAGAUGACGCAAAGAGUAAGAGCAACAACGAGAAUAUCGGUGUAAAUGCGAGUGGAAACGCUACGAGUGCUAAUAAAAGGGUUACAGCGAUGAGCGGAGUUACUGGCAAUGCGCGAGUGAAUACAAAUAAACAGUGCAGUGACGUAGAUACGUGCGCAUUUGGUUACCCGAAGAGUACAAAUGCAGGUAUGAACACGAACGUGAAUAGCAAUCCCGCGAAGGUGGAUGUAUAUACUUUUUCGAACGACCCACCCGUGGUACCUGCGGGAGCGGUGAAAAGAAAAUGCCCGCCAGGUCUACCUAUAUUCGACAUUAAGAGAAAGAGGCAGCAACAGAUUCAAAGCCAGAUCUCGAAGAAGCAAAAUCCUGUACAUUCGCCUGCUGUUGUACAAAACGCCGCAAAAUCGCCUCGGAAGCUUCCCACAGAGCACGUUGUACCAGCGAAAAGACUCGCGAACAUAGUUGGCGAAGCUGGUCCUAGUCGAACACCCACAACGCCAAGUUCGAAACCUGCCUCGAGUCCGGUACUUUCGCACGAUACGAGAAACAUAUUAGACGGUUGCGGAUUGAAUAUCCCUGCGAGUCUCAGUAUAACUCUGACGGCACCAAAAUCACCAGGAAACAGUGGUGGAUUCACUGAGCCAAAUGAUGCCAAAGAUAAUCGAAAGAAUACUCUGGGAAAAGUAAGUCCUAGCAUUACUCUUAACGAUAGGUCUGUCGAUCCGCGAGUAUUAAAGGCAUUGAAAGCAGGACAGAUAAGGAUGCCCGCACCGUCGAAACCAAGGCAAACCAAGCAAUCGGAACGCGAUGCGAAUCAACAACGGCAGGCACCUCCUGCUAAGCGAAAAAGAGACCAAGAAUCGAGAGAUAUUUUGGACCUUAGCGGAGGAAAGAAGAUGGACAUACAUCCGUUAAGAAUACCACAGCCCGUGACAAAGCUUAAGGCGAAAUCGACGGUCAGAGACAUGCCGAGUAUUUCGGAUCAGGGCCAGGUUGUGACGCUUGUCGGUGGCCAUAGAUAUUAUCGUGCGCCACCAGGUUCUUUGACUCCGGCAGCGCAUCGAGUGAACGAUUGUCCAAUUCCAACACCAACGAGAACACCAGUCUAUGCCCCUGGAUUUUCCAGCCCUUUAAAUAACGCUAGAUCUAAUACGAAUCUUUCGUCCGUCUUUCCGAGUCUGCAAAGUCUCUACGCCCUGAGCCAAACACCGAAUCUUCAGCAAUUUCAAAUGGAUGCAAGGCUAAGGCUACCUCAAGGCACAGACUCGAAUUCUACCAACGUACCCAACACUGACAAUCGAAAUAUCAACAAUAACGCAUCCGGAAAAAGUCAUCUAGCUGCUCAAUGUGCGCCAGUGAAACCAGCAAGAUCAUCGGUGGCACCUCUGGCUGUUGCGAUAACUAAGCAACAGCAAUCGAACGAGAAAUCAGCGUGUAUAAACAGAUCUGCCGCGAAUGAACCCAACAAGACACCCGUGUUUCGCAAUAACGAAUCUCUCGACUCUACGGAGUCUAGUCAACAAUUGUCCGUCCAAACGAAAUACUCGCCAGUCGCGGAAGCUAACAACCGAUAUUCGCCGCGAUGCACCAACAACGGCAACACCAACAGCGAGGAUAAAACACCCACCGAAGUAACUCGUGAUUCUAACUUGGAAACGGGUAACGAUUCCAGGAAGGAACCGGACAAUUCGUCGCGACAGACACCUCAUCGCGAAGCAGCGAGUCCAAGAGUAUCGUCUACUGCUUCUCCAUCGCCACCUCCUGGAGACACCAAUGCAAACACCAUUAACGAGACUACCAGCGGUCAUAACGAUAAUGUAAACACCGCCUCGAAUGGAAUAGACAAUGAUCUACCCGCACCGAGUCCGACAAAAAAAAACAAUAUAGGUGCGGAAGUAUCGAGUAGCAAAUCACCUGCUAGUCCAGACUCUAGCUCUGUAACUAUCGAAAGCCCUUCUAACAAGGGCUGCUCCGCAACGGUCGAACAAGGGUGCCCUUCUCCUUCGCAAACGUCAGACGCGGUAAAGUCUUCGGAGCAUUCGACGAAAAUUGACAAUAAUGUCGCCGAAGACUCGACGAACGAUAAUGACAAAAAAGCUACCAUCAAACAGGCUGACGCGAAACAGUUGACCUCGGAGAUGUUUCAGAAGAGACUACUGGCUGCGUUUCCCUCAAACGAGUGGGCAAAUAAUCCAAUAGCUGCGGAGCAUUUAGGCAACUUUUUAAAAAGUUUGAACGCGUCGAUCAAGUCGGAAAAUAAAAUGGACAGCAUAGGAUCGGAAAAGGUUGAAAGUCAGCUUGCGUGCAACGAUGCAACGCGUUUAAAUAACGAAGCUUCGUCGAAAUCUCGUACAGACGUCGCUGAAUCGUCAUAAUUACACAAACUGUUUUAAGGAUGAAUGAAACUCUUCCUGCUUAAACGAAGGACAAAGCUACAUCACUGCCAUUACAUACCGAUGUAAUGUUAUCGAAUGACUUUUAGCGUGGAUAUGUGUACCAAUUUCUAAGUAAUUCAAAUGCUUUAAGGUCUUAUAGGAGAAUGCGGCACACGCACGCCGUACGAUACAGGGAAAAAUACAGCACGGAUGCUGAAAAUUUUAUUUUUUCAAAUUUUUUAAGGCCACACAUCCUUCAAGAAAUUUCAUCGAUGUAUAGUUGCUUUGUCGUUACAACAAUGUUCCACGAGUCGCUCGAUUUCAACUGAAAAUUACAGAUAUCCUUUUUCUGUACAAACGAAUACGUUAACACGGUAUGGUUUUUUAGUAAUUCAGGAGCAACAAAUUUUGUGAAACACGAUUGAUAUGAUUCGUACAAUGAGUUUAUUUCUAACGUGAAAAUUGUUCCUACUUCGGUCCAUACGAUAACUUUAUGCGAAAGCAGCACAUUUAUCCAAGUACCUCGCAUUGUAUUGAGAUCCGUUAUCAUGAUUUAAAUUUCGAUUAUUCAAAUUUCAUAACCGACUACGUAAAAUACAAGAUUAAAUAAGCACAACGAAAAUCGAAUAGCCAAUACGAAACCUGCUUUCCUACUCGUCUACCAUAGUAAAACGUGUACGUAAUAAGAAACACAG